CUCACUGCCAUGGAAAGAAAUGACAUCAUCAACUUCAAGGCGUUAGAAAAAGAGCUGCAGGCUGCAGUCACUGCUGAUGAGAAGUACAAACGGGAGAAUGCUGCCAAGUUACGGGCAGUGGAACAGAGGGUGGCUUCCUAUGAGGAGUUCAGGGGUAUUGUCCUUGCAUCACAUCUGAAGCCACUAGAGCAGAAGGACAAGAUAGGAGGAAAGAGGACUGUGCCCUGGAACUGUCACACCACUCAGGGAAGGACUUCCCAGGACGAGACCACUGAAAUCUCCCAGGAGAACACACUCCUCCAGCCUGAGACCUCGGCAGACUUCUACCGUGAUUGGCGGCGAUACUUGCGGAGUGGGCCAGAGCGCUACCAGGCCCUGCUGCAGCUCGGGGGUCCAAAGCUGGCCCGCCUCUUCCAGACGGAUGUGGGGUUUGGACUUCUAGGGGAGCUGCUGGUGGCACUGGCUGAUCACGUGAGGCCGGCAGACCGGUCGGUGGUGCUGGGGAUCCUGCGCAGCCUGGCCAGCACCGGGCGCUUCACCCUGAACCUGAGCCUGCUGAGCCACGUGCAAAGAGAGAGCUGCAGAGGCUUGUUUCAGAAGCUGCAGGCCAUGGGCGCCCCCAGACCCAUGAAGGAAGGGCUCAGCCAGAGGGAGUGGGGUGUGGAGGAGCUGCCUGCUGGGCUCCAGGAGGAGGAGAGGCUCCUCCAAGAGCUGCUAGGGCUGUACCAGAUGGAUUAAUAGGACCAGUUACCUUCAGAGGCCCCCAGUGGUCAUUGGAGGACUUUUUUGGUUGUUGUCUUGGGGGCUCUACAGGACUGUAAUGAGAAACCCACACCUAAUUCCCUUCUCAACUUGGAAUUUUCAGGGCAAAAGCAGGAAUCGAAUCUUCCCUUCCUCUCCAGCCCCGUGGUGGCUCAAUAUUCUGAAGUGUGUAGAUCCACAGGAUGGUCAAGGGCCCAAGAAGUUGAAAGUGUUUUGCUUCUCACCCUUACUGUCUGCCAAGCCUCUAGCCCUCAGCCCUGAGAGAUGGGUGUGUGCCCAACCAAAUGCUGGCUACACCAGUUACAGCCUCCACUCAAAAAAAUGGGAAAAAGGAAAAUCAUUAAUCUUCCAUGGUAAACAAAUACUGAUCUCCAUAGCUCUUAACAAGAAUCUUUAUAACUUAAAACCAAUGAAUGGGCAUUUAAUCCACAAAUGAUCAAAGGGUACCCCAUUUGAGGUGCAGUAUUUUUUCCCCAGGGACUGAGUUCCUGUGCAGGCUGGGCCUGGGAAAGCCCCAAGCCAUUAGCUCAGGUCUGGCCAGCUUCCCAGGCUUCUUCAGGUGGCCAGAUGUGCAGGCCGGCGGGUUUCCUUCAACUCCCAGAUUAACCGAAGGGAAGACCUUUCCACUAGGUAGGCAGGGCAGGGCCUGGAGCAGAGAGGCCGAGAUUUCCUGUCCUAGCACCUGGGCCCUUGCUUCUCAUUCCGGUUUCCCCCGACCCAUUCUUGGGUGAGUGCCAGUGUUCUAGAAAGGGGAGAGAGGGCCAGGUUCUAGAAUGGCUUUCCCUCCAGAUUAUGCCUGGAACAUCAGAAGGGCAUCUUGUAUAUCAGCUGGGAAUAAAUUGCCUUGCUUUUG